UCGUAACUGUAACACUGGUCACAUUACUCAUAGCUUGAGGCUCUGCAACACGGUCGGAUAUCACAACAGCAGCAUAAACCAGCCGUGAGAUUUGCACCAAAACGUUUCCUUGCCGGGACAGUUAUUGGCACUUGACGAACCAGAUCCAGCGCCUUCUGUGAAAUAAGAGAAAAAUGUCCCUGUCUGGCUGGGUGUGUGUGGUAACCGGUGCCUCCAGAGGCAUUGGUAGGGGAAUAGCUCUCCAGCUGUCCGAGGCAGGAGCCACCGUCUACAUCACUGGACGCCAGGAGAAGACUCUGAAACAAACUGCUGCACAGGUUAAGGAGAGGGGUGGAAACUGUGUGCCAGUUAUCUGUGAUUCUACAAAAGACGAAAAUAUUGAAGAACUGUUUGAACAAAUCAAACGUGAACAGAAUGGCAGGCUGGAUAUCCUGGUGAACAAUGCCUACGCUGGGGUACAGGAUAUCUUCGAGAAUAUGGGAAAGAAGUUCUGGGAAACAGAUCCGUCUAUUUGGGAUUCCAUCAACAACACAGGGCUCAGGGGCCACUAUUUCUUCUCAGUUUACGCGUCCCGGUUGAUGGUGGCUCAAGGCCGAGGUUUGAUAGUGACUAUUUCAUCAAUGGGAGGGCUGCGCUAUCUCUUCAAUGUGCCAUACGGCGUUGGUAAAGCCGCUUGUGACAGGCUGGCAGCAGACAUGGCUGUUGAGCUGAAAAGUAGGGGAGUGGUUUCUGUCAGCCUGUGGCCGGGAGCAGUGCAGACAGAGUUGGUGUCUCAGUUCAUACUGGAGAAGGAUACACCAGAGGGUGUAAAUUCUAAGUUUAAAGAUGUAUUUGCUGCUGGAGAAACCACAGAACUGAGCGGGAAGUGCAUAGUCAACCUGGCAAAAGAUAAAAGUCUGAUGUCGCUGACUGGGAAAGUUAUAAUGACUUGUGACCUGGCAAGGCGCUAUGGGAUUCAAGAUAUUGAUGGGCGAAGUGUAGUUGACUACACCUCCCUAAAAUUCCUGUUGACUCAGGUCCCAUAUCUCUCCUGGCUCUCAGUUGUUGUCCCUUCAUUCCUACGACUGCCACGCUUUGUGCUCACCCUGGCAAAUAGCCGCUUCUAAACAGUUCCUGCAUCAGUACUGACAUGCCAGUAAUACAUUGUUUCAGCUGACACAUGUGGUCCAAACUUUAGAUCCUAUAUAAGCCUUGUGAGUGGUUUUGGAUCACAUCCAUUACUGUUAGCUGAAGGGAGAUAAUAACACUUAACAUGUUAAACUAUUUACACUACCUUUUUUUUAUUUUUAUGAAGGAUUGUUGUUUAAAUGACCUUACAUAUCCACUACUACUCGAGGACUUGAUGAAUGUGAUUCUAUGAAGUUUGAGGUAAACAUGAAGGACGGUCUAGAAUAUUUUGUGUAUUUUAAGAUGCAAUGUCACCUGUGGGUGAAGCCACACAAUGAUGGGAAUUAUUAAUAUCACCACAUGUAUCAUUUUUUCAAGCAGUUUACAAAAUCACAAUUAUCUGAAGCAAACUAUGACACAUUUUUAGAAACAUAUGAAUGUUUGUGUAUUUUUGCAUCUAUUUGUAAUAUUUCUAUUAAAUGUAUAUACACAGUACUACAACUUCCAGUGUAUUUCAAUUGCCAAGUGACCGUAUAAAUAAAUAAAGACUCUCACUGCUGUUAA